GUUAUUUUGUCCUCAGGUUGUUUUACCUGCAUGAAUGUCUUUUAUUGUCCUCUGAUCAAUCUGGAGAUCAGAAGAUGAGUGAUCGAGGAGACAAAGAGGAGGACAGAGCAGAGUCUCCUCUGUCCAGCUGUCUCUCUAUGAAGAGUGACCGGUCUAAUGGUCCUCCUCCAGCCUUCAGUAAUGAACCAGGACCCUCAGAUCCACAAUAGAGGUCUGCAGGAGGUUACAGAUGAACUUAAGAUCAGUCUGAGGAAGAGAUGUGAACAUGUGACUGAAGGAAGUGAUGAAACAGGAAGUAGAACCCUCCUCAACAGGAUCUACACUGAGCUCUACAUCACAGAGGGACAGAGUGAAGAGGUGAACACCCAACAUGAGGUGAGACAGCUUGAGACAGACUCUAAAAAGAAGACCCUCCAUGAGACUCCAAUCAAGUGUCAGGACAUCUUUAAAGUCUUACCCAACCAACAGAACCAAAAGACAGAAGCUCAACCCGACCAACAGAACCAAAAGACAGAAGCUCAACCCGACCAACAGAACCAAAAGACAGACGCUCAACCCGACCAACAGAAACAAAAGACAGACGCUCAACCCGACCAACAGAACCAAAAGACAGAAGCUCAACCCGACCAACAGAAACAAAAGACAGACGCUCAACCUGACCAACAGAACCCCAUCAGAGUGGUUCUGACAAAUCGCUGGUGUUGGAAAAACCUUCUCAGUGCAGAAGUUCACUCUGGAGUCUUCUGCUGGAUCACUGCCACUGUUCUGGAGCACAUGAUGAGCACAGAGCAGAGAGGAGAGCUGCCCAAGACCCUGACUGACAUGUUCUCACACUUCCUGCUGGUUCAGACAAAGAGGAAGAAGAACAAGUAUGGUGAGGGACGUGAGACAAGUCCACAUGAGCUGAUGGAGGCCGACGGGGAAGUUCUUCUGAAGCUGGGGUGGCUGGCGUUUGAACAUCUGGAGGAUGGAAACAUCAUGUUCUAUAAAGAAGACCUGGUGCAGUGUGGUCUUAAUGUCACAGAGGCCCCUGUGUACUCAGGAGUUUGUACAGAGAUCUUCAAAACAGAGUGUGUGAUCUUCCAGAAAACAAUCUACUGCUUUGUUCAUCUGAGUGUUCAGGAGUUCCUGGCUGCAGUCUACAUGUUCCACUGUUUGACAAACAGGAAGAGAGAGGCUUUCCUUAAAGACAGCAACAUCAUUUUUCAAACUCCUGAAAGUGAUGACUUAUCCCUGGAUGUCUUCCUGAGGAGUACCAUGGAGAAAUCCCUGAAAAGUGAAAACGGUCACCUGGACCUGUUUGUUCGCUUCCUUCAUGGCCUCUCUCUGGAGACCAACCAGAGACUCUUAGGAGGCCUGCUGGGUCGGAGAGACAACAGUCCAGAAAUGAUCCCGAGAGUCAUCAACAACCUGAAGAAGAUGAACAGUGAUGAUAUCUCUCCUGACAGAAGCAUCAACAUCUUCCACUGUCUGACGGAGAUGAACGACCUCUCAGUACAUCAGGUGAUCCAAGAGUUCCUGAAGUCAGAGAACAGAUUCGAGAGACUCUCUGAUAUCCACUGCUCUGCUCUGGCCUACAUACUGCAGAUGUCAGUGGAGGUUCUGGAUGAGCUGAACCUGAGGAAGUAUAUCACAUCAGAGCAGGGACGACUGAGACUGAUUCCAGCUGUGAGUAACUGCAGAAAGGCAAAGUAAGUCCAGAUAUGAUUAAAUAUGAGUAAAAAUAAGCCGUUUAGUUCUUCAAAUAUAUACUAUACAAUAUCUAGGUUUUUGAAAACAGUGU